AUGACAGUCCAUCAAGCUCAAGGAAUGACCGUGGACAGAGCCGUCCUGGACUUGACGGAGCGAGACUUCGCGGUAGGACUCAGUUACGUCGCCGUAUUACGUGUCAAGACCCUCUGCGGCAUCCUGUUCAAGCAGCCAUUUGAUUACGAACGCUUCAAGAUUCGGCCUUCAGAGACAGUGAAGGCACGGAAUGCUGAUCGUGAGCGUCGGUCAACUCAGCAUCGGGGCGCUCAGAACUUCCAGGAUUUCGCGUCCAACUUCAUCUUCCUGUCCAUUUUCCUUGUCAAACAGAACGCUUUACAACCGACGAUUCUCAGCCGCAUCAUGGGUGUUCGAUUCAUCAAGUAUCCUGCCGAUCUUCACGAGCUCUGGCCACAAGAAAUGGGGCAAAUUUGCACCCACUCUCAGGGCGCGAGCCUUGGUUGUGAGCGUUCUAGCCGCGCGUUCUGGGUGCCCAUUUUGCGCCUGAGUGGCAGUGUCGUUGUCAAUCCGCAGGAUCCGAACGCGCUGAUUGAACUGCAAUUCCACAUGCUUGAUGAAGGUCUCAACCACGCCGACAAGGCCAGGAUGGGCCAUUCUAGCAUGUCAAAGCGCGGAUAG